AUGGAAAAUAUUACAAAACAAAAAGUUAAGUAUUUCUAAAUUUGUUAUCCACUAUCUUAAUAAGAUAGUAGGGAUUACAGAAUUAUUUAUAAAUAAGAUAGUAAUAAUUAGGAAAUUGGCAAGAAAUAAGAUAGUAGGGAUUAGGAAAUUCGCUAGAAAUAAGAUAGUAGGGAUUACGAAAUUGGCUAGAAAUAAGAUUGUAUGGAUGAGGAAAUUUGCUAUAAAUAAGAUAGUAGGGAUUAGGAAAUUGGCUAGAAAGAAAAUAAUAGUGAGGAAAUUGGCUAGAAAGAAAAUAGUAGUGAGGAAAUUCGCUAGAAAUAAGAUGAUGAGUUUCUUGAAAAGACUAAUACUUUUUACAGAGAGGAAUUUGAAAAAAUAAAUCAGAAUAUGGAAUCAUAUCACUUAUUUAAACACUAUAUAUUUGAUAGUGAAGAAAUUAUGCAUAACACAUGUUUGCUAUUAGGAACAGAUUUCAAAAAAAAUAUGUUUAAAAUUUAUGAAGACCUAAUAUUUGAUAGGAGGACAAUCAAGGUGACUUUAGAUGAUUUUAUAUACUAUCAAGCAAUGACACGCAGGCCACACAAACCAAAAAAUUAGGAAUAAAGAGUAGCACAAUAAUAUUAAAAUUUUGAAUUAAGAAUCAUAAAAUCAAAAAAAUAAAACAAAAAAAACUUGGCUAAAUUUAUUUUGUUUCAUUUUUUGUCGCGCGAAGAGUUAAUAAAAAUAGAGAAAACAAUAAACAACAAAAAAGUAAAAAAUUAACCACAAAAAAAUGAGUCAAAUAAACUUACAAAUUACUUUAAACCUUAAAAAUAAAAGAUAAAUUAAAAAAUAGAUUAAAAGCCUUUUUCAUGUGACUCAAACACUAUCGAAUUGAAUGAAAUUUAAAAAAACUAGUUCUUAUAAAAUUAGUUGCCAUAAUAAAUAGGUUAACAAGAGCCAUAAUUUUAACCUGAAAAAUAAAAAAUCAAUUAGAUGAUAGAUUAAAUAUCCAUUUAACACGACUUUAACACAGUUAAAUUGAAUGAAAUUUAAAAUAAACAGAUCUUAGAAUAGCAAUUACCACAAGAAGUAAGUUAGCAAUAGCACUUUUCCUUCUCUGGUUUACUAUAAAAUUAAGGCUUAAAAUAAAAUGAACAAAAUAAAUUAGUAGAAAACUUUAUUGAAAGCGAAAAUUAAUAGAGAAAACUCAGUGACUUAGAAAUAUAAUACUAUAAAAAAUUUAAAAAAGAAACCUUCAAGGAUUCAAGUCAUCAACUUGAAGAAUAAAUAAAGUCUUUGAUAGGUGAUCUUUAACAAAGCUAAAAAUAAUAAUUAUUUUUAAUUGAAGAAAAUUAAAAAAUAUCUGCAAAUGCUAACGAUUAUAAACUAUUGGAUAUUAUUCAAAAGAAAAAUAAUUAAUAAGAUUUUUGUAAAAUUUAGUAAUAGCUUAAUAUUCAAAAUUAGAAAAAUAGGCAUUUAAAUAAUUUUAACUCAGAAAAUUAUAACUAAUUUAUUAAUAGAGCAAAUUAAAUUAAUUAAGAGUAAUCUUAGUAUGACUAGCAAAGCAAUAGCAAUUUUAAUUAUUAAUAAAGUUAGGAAAAGCAAAUAAUAGACCUCUAUUUUUAAAUUUGUAAAGUAGAACUAGAAAAUGCUGAAUAAAAAAUGAAAAUGUUUUUCACACUUUAUCCAAAUUAUAAUCCUUAAUAAAAUUUAAUCCAAUAAAAUAAUUUACAUUUAUGA